GGGCGGUGGCCGGCGGACUUUGGCAGCAUUUGACUAUUUUGAGCUCCGCAGUGACCGCUCCUUAACACCAAGAACCCGACUGUGAUGUGUCGCCCGAUGGAAGCCACGGUGCCCCUCGUUGGCAGCUUUAGCCGCCUCCAGCAGGGGUACGCCAACCAAGGCAACAUGUACCAGACGUCGGCGAUGGCCAAGCCCAUGAUGCACCAUCAUGACAUGGUCCCGCCGUUCAUGAUGAUGAACAACCAUGCGCCCAAGUACGAGCUCUCGACCAAGCCCGAGCCGCUCAUGGAGUCGCUCGCGCCUGCGUCGAUGGAAGAUGUAGACGUCGGCAGCUUUGAUGACCUCCUCGACUGCGCGAUCCUGGACGACGACAAGGACGACGUCGACUUCAACGUCGAAGAAGACUUUGACAACAGCGAAAUGUCCAUUCUGUACUCGUUCUUGAUGGACAAGGCCGACGAGAUGCCCGAGAAGCUCCGCGCCAACUCGCUCGAUGGCACGGACGACGGCGUCAUGACGCUCAACCUCCUCGACUCGUCGCCGCUCGAUACGCUCCUCGACAUGACGUCCGAGGAAGAGUGCGACCUCUCCGAGAUCGAACUCAAGCCGCCGUCCGAGUACAUGCACCAGCAGGCGCCGCUUGACCUCCUCAACGACUUGCACGACUCGCACCCGUCGUCCAAGAGCCGCCGCCUCUGCAAGAUGGACGGCUGCGAAAAGCGGUCGCGCUCGCACGGCCUCUGCAUCGCCCAUGGCGGCGGUCGCCGCUGCGCGGUCGAAGGCUGCGACAAGUCGAGCCAGGGCGGCAACCUCUGCAUCAAGCACGGUGGUGGCAAGCGCUGCGAAGUCCAAGGCUGCGACAAGGCCGCCCAGUCCAACAUGCUCUGCAAGGCCCACGGCGGUGGUCCGCGCUGCCUCUUCUCGGGCUGCAACCGCAGCUCGCAGGGCGGUGGCUUUUGCCGCUCGCACGGCGGUGGCAAGCGCUGCCUCUUUGAGGGCUGCGACAAGGGCACCCAACGCGGCGACUUCUGUGCGCUCCACGGCGGCUCGCGCCUCUGCGGCGUCAGCGGCUGCAUGCGCAACGACCGUGGCGGUGGCUUCUGUGCGACCCACGGCGGCGGCAAGCGCUGCGGCUUUGACGGCUGCCUCAAGCCGUGCCGGCGAAAGGGCCUCUGCUCUGCGCACCUCCGCCUCUCGGGCGAAGUCUAGAGCCAUCGUCGUGCGCGCCCAUUGAAGCCAGCGCGGCCUCGUCUGCGCGGAGUACACACACCUGCAUGUGCCUAAGAUUUCUGGAUCAUACAAUAUCUGCCCGUUGCAUCCUCCACGGAUGAAGACGCAUGUGAUUUUUAUUUGUUAUAUGAAACUCGUGUUGUUUGUGUCUUUGAAUUUGGUCAAUGGUAACACAUAAAUACACAACCAACAACGUACUUGACCACGAGUACACCUUGUCG